AUGAUAAGUAAAAGUGAAUCCUAUACUUCAGGGCAGGAAUCUGUGACCAACUCAACCUGGCCGAUUUACAUAUUAAAAGAAUGGAUUGGUCUGGACUACAACUAUCCAAAUUAUAUGGGCUCCUUUUUGUGUGUGUCACUCUCAAUAUUAUUUUUUCCUCAUUUACUCUGGUUUAUCGUUUGCGCCUUUUGUAAUAUUUGCCUUCACAUUUACAAGAGAAAGAACGGCCUAGAUGAUGAUUUUUCCAAUAAAUCGUGGGACAAUGGAAGGCUAAUGGUGUCACGCAUAAUUAGUAUGUAUGGAAAGCUAUGGCAUGGUUAUGAAGUUCAUGGUAUAGAAAAAAUACCAGAAGGACCGGGGCUUAUUGUUUAUUACCAUGGAGCCACUUCUGUAGACUACCACUUCUUUGUCUGUAAUCUCUACAUACAGACGGGCAGAGUCUCCUAUUCAGUAGUUGACCAUGCCUUGCGUAUGAUACCAG